AAACUCGCCAAGUCAGGUAGAAUAUGUAUAUAAUAAAAUCUUCAUAUAUUAUUAUAAUAAACAAACAAUAAAUUACUUGUAGUUGAGUAAUGUAUGCUGAGGGUAAUUAUGAAUAAUAUAUGAAGUUGUUGUAGUUGAAACACGUGGACGAUGUUUGACGCGUAUUCGUUUUGAUUAAAACUAUUUACACUUGCUUCGCGAGAACACAUCAACAGUAACUGUUCUUAUAAAAACAAACAUUUUUUUAGAAAAAUAUACAUCUAUCAUAAAGUACAUUACCAGUUAUAAAUCAAGGUUAUUUCAAUUUUCAAUCUUUAUAAUUUCUGUAUAUCAUCCAAGAAAAUUACUAUUGUAAUAAUUAUAUGUCGCCGGUUUAAACGCUGUGUGAAUAGGAAACGUUUAAAAAGCAAUGAAGGUAGUUUUAUUUAUCAGUUAACAGGGACGAAGCAAAUAUGUCAAAGGUUUUAACGCUAUUUUUAUUUUUCGUGGUGAGUAAAUGUGAGUGUGCAAGGAUAUUAGCAGUUUUUCCGACUCCUUCAAUUAGUCAUCAAAUAGUGUUUCGUCCUUUAAUACUAGAGUUAGCGAGGAGGGGCCACGAUGUGACUGUGAUAACUACUGAUCCAGUAUUCCCGAAAGGAAAGAGUCCUGGAAACCUAACGGAAAUAGAUGUGCACGACUUGUCAUACGGUUUGUGGAAAAACUUUCUGGCUACGGAAAAAGGAAAAGAGGACGAUGCACAAAAACAAAUUAAAUUCAUUUUUACACUACUAAACGGAGUUUUCGAGGAGCAGUUGAAGUCAGUAGAAGUUCAGAGUCUAAUACAUGAUAAAAAUAAGUCGUUCGAUCUAUUAUUUGUUGAAUCAUGCGUGAGACCAGCUUUAGGAUUUUCUUACUUGUACAAAGCGCCUGUUAUUGAAUUCAGCUCCUUUGGUGGUUUAUACGAAACGUUUGGUAAGACAGGAGCUGCAACGAACCCUCUUCUAUAUCCUAUAAUAACUCGCCAACGACUAAAUAAUCUUACUUUUUGGGAAAAGAUAUCAGAGCUAUAUAACCAGUUUGAUGCAGAAUAUGUAUUUGCAAGUUUGGAAGAAUCUGAAAAUAAAAUGUUGCAGCAAAUUUUUGGUGAGCGUAUUCCUAGCAUUUCAGAAUUAAAGAAAAACAUAGAAAUGUUAUUCCUAAACGUUCAUCCUGUGUGGGAUUACAAUCGUCCCGUACCACCGAACACGAUUUAUUUAGGAGGAUUACAUCAAAACGCCGCUAAGGAAUUGCCGAAGGAUCUCAAAUCUGACCUCGACUCCUCUAAAAAUGGUGUAAUUUACAUGAGUUUUGGUACAAACGUAAAACCAUCGUUGCUACCAAAGGAAAAGGUGCAAAUAUUUAUAAAAGUGUUUUCCGAGCUACCAUACGAUAUUUUAUGGAAAUGGGAUCAGGAUGAAAUUCCAGGACGUCCCAAAAACGUCAAAAUAUCUAAAUGGUUUCCGCAAUCCGAUUUACUGAAACACCCCAAGAUCAAAUUAUUCAUAACUCAAGGCGGUCUACAAUCGACUGACGAGGCUAUAACAGCUGGCGUACCUCUUGUCGGUGUUCCGAUGCUCGGCGACCAAUGGUUUAACACUGAACAAUAUGUUAGACAUAAUAUUGGUGUCAAACUUAGUAUCGAAACACUUACGGGGGAACAACUAAAAGAUGCUAUAGAAAGUGUAGUCAAUAAUGAAAGUUAUCGUCGCAAUGUCGUCAAGCUAAGAAAUAUUAUGCGUGAUCAGCCUCAGACGCCAUUAGAACGAGCGGUGUGGUGGACAGAGCACGUGCUCCGACACAAGGGAGCUGCACACCUACGCUCACCAGCAGCUAAUAUGCACUGGACAGAGUACUAUGCUAUAGACUUAGUACUGAUCCUAUUAAGUUCUCUUGUAAUUGUAUUGUUAUUAUUAAUAUUAAUAAUACGUGCAAUUGUAUCAAAAUUGAAGUUUGUUCAGAUUAAGACGAAAUUAAAUUAAUUUAAUGUAUUAUACCUUAAAUUAACAAAAUUUACUAUGAUUUAACGUUGACGCAGCGGUCACAGUACUGGCUGUUGCGCUAGCGAUCGCGCGUUCGAUCCCCGCAAAUAAUAAAGAUUUGUAUAGGACAUAUAGAUGUUUGUUGUGGUCUGAGCCUUUGUGCCUGUAUAUUGAGUAUUUUUCCGGACCUCCGGACAUUGGAGAAAAUCCCACUGGGACUCGUUAAGUGUGAGACGUUUAUUUAUUUGUUUAAUCGUUAACCAAUGUCAAGACGAAUUGACCAGAAUCAUAUUUGUAUGUAUCUAUUUAUGUAUACAUGCCACAAAUAAACGACUUAAAAUUUCAAGUAUCGUAUAUUGUACAAAAAAAGUGUUGUACAUAAAUAGUAACCUAAAUAGGUUAGAAUACAUUUGAUAGUGUAAAAAAACAACAAAUGCUUCGCUAACUGGAUUGUAACUAUUUUCUCUUUUUAAGGGAAAACCACUAUUAAAUGCCUUAACAUUGUGUGUACUAUUUCAA